UCUGGGAUGGUACUUCGGCCUGGGUGAGUUCACGUUCAGAAACGUAAAGAAAAAUGCUCUGAGAAUAAAAAGUGCAGUGACUGAUUCAUCACAAGUGUCUUCAAAGAUUGUUACCAAAGUGCGUAACCCGAUUAUGACAAAAAUGGAGAAAAUCUUGAGUUUGUACAUUGUGCAUGAAACAAAGAAAAAACAACACUAGUUCUGAUCAUCUUCGUGUGAAAGCUUUGGGAAUUUAUGGUCGCCUUUGUUCAGAGGCUAGUGAGGAAGUGUCAAAUGCAAGUAGCUUUAAUGCAAGUAGGGGAUGUUUUUCUAAGUUUGUUAAUCAUCACAGGCUUCACAACUUAGCUGCGCGUGGUGAGCAAGCCAGUGUUGACCAUGAAGCUGCUGAACGCUACCCUUUGCAGUUGCGGGCUAUGAUAGCUGAGUUCGGCAUCACACCAAAGCAGGCGUUAAUGCAGAUGAAACCGGGCUUUUUUGGAAACUCUGAGAGUUCUGAGAGUCUUCCUUCACCCCUGCUGUCCUUGAUGAUCCUGACGACCCACAACCAUCCACUUCAUCCAUGUAAAGCUGCCCGACACCACUGCACAACCACAUAUCUCCCGGAGCCAACACACCUGCCACUGUUGGGAUAGCCACCCGGAGAAGGAUGU